AUGGGUAGCCAGAUUUCUCCAGACACUCCAACCAUCUCCUUGCCUCAGGGCAAACUUGUCGGCGUCAAGCUGAAUGAUAGCCUACCCCAACCCGUAGAUGGUUGGAUGGGGGUUCCCUACGCUCUACCCCCAACAGGCGAUCUUCGUUUCCGCCUCCCUGUCAAAGUCCCAGCUUCACCUGACAAAGUCAUCGAUGCUUCUGAAUAUGGCCCCGCAGCUCCUGGCAAGGGACUGUUGGUAGGUCCCACGCUUGAACAGAGCGAGGAUUGCUUGACGGCGAAUAUCUUUCGAAAGUCAGCGGAUAAAUAUGACAAGUUACCAGUCGCGCUGUAUAUCCAUGGUGGUGCGUUCAAUAGAGGCUCGGCGCAUAUGCACAAGACGGCAUCGAUGGUGGCGAAUGCACCCGAGGCUUUUGUCGCUGUGACGUUUCAAUAUCGAAUUGGAGCUUUGGGAUUUCUGCCAUCAAGUCUGAGUGCGAAGGAGGGUGUUCUUAACCUUGGACUAAAGGAUCAGAUUCUCAUGAUGGAGUGGGUGCAAGAGAACAUCGCAGCCUUCGGUGGCGAUCCCAGUAAUGUCACAUUGUUUGGUCUGUCUGCCGGUGCUCAUUCUAUCGGUCAUCAUAUCAUGCACUAUAAUGAGGGUGUCGCCCCUCUGUUUCACAAGGCCAUUAUUGAGUCCGGAGCUCCUACAUCACGAGCCGUGAGACCUUACAACGCGCCGAUUCAUGAAGCCCAGUUCAAGGACUUCCUCCACGCGGUCGGCGUCCCCGAAGAUCUCCCAGAGAAUGAGAUCUUCCCUUUUCUGCGUCAACAACCUGAGAAGGUCAUUACAGAUGCGCAAACAGCCACGUUUGACAAGUACAACCCUUCCCUUCGCUGGGCUUUCCAACCUGUCAUUGACGGUGAAGUCAUCGCGCGACCGCCUCUUGAGACAUGGAAGUCGGGCAAGUGGCAUAAGGUGCCCAUAAUGACUGGCUUUACCACGAACGAAGGUUCGCUUUAUGUAAGCAAGCAGAUGUCGGAGUCUUCUCAAUUUCGACAUUUCUGGGCUGAGUUGCUCCCGCUGCUUACCUCGAAGGAUUUGGACACUAUCGAGGAGCUCUACCGAGACCCAGCCAAGUUUGAGGAUUCUGAGUACAAGGAGACACGCAAAGAUAUGGGGUCACAGUACAAGCGCAUCGAGGCCGCAUAUGCGCACUAUGCUUAUGUCGCUCCCGCACGCCAGACAGCCGAGCUCGCCUCCCCAUCAGUGCCCGUCUAUCUCUACCACUGGGCCGCUGUUAGCACAGUGAACAACGGUGCUCAGCAUGCCGAUAACAUGCGUUACGAAGUCUGCGAUCCCAAGGUCAUCGUUGUCUCCGAAACACAAAAAGACCUGGCCAAGACACUGAACCAUUACGUUACCAGCUUCAUCACAAGAGAUGAUCCCAAUGCUGUCCCAGGAGAGUAUCCCCAGAGACCCAAAUGGGAGGCAUAUGAUCCUAAGAGUCCCAAGGUGUUGAGAUUUGGCGAAGGUAAUGAGGAGUUGAUAGGAGGAGAUGCUGGCAAGACUGCUGUGUUUACGGAUGAUGAUUGGGCUCGUAAACAAUCUGAGUUUUGGUGGAGCAAAGUAGACAUCUCCCAACAGUGA